CUCACAUUCAUCCAAAUCAAUCUCAUAACUAUAUAUAUAUCCCCACCCAAUGUUCACAUACACAUAUUCACGCACGCAAAUACAGCUAGCUUAUGAGAAUAAGGCAACAAUUUUCACUGCUUAUUACUAAUAUCAGAAGAUCUCUUCCACCUGUUAGAAAUAUCAUCAUGUCAUCAGAAUCUGAUCAUUCCCCUGCUUUCAAUACCCCCAGAUUGGUUCUCAAGAAGGUUUUGGCCAAAUCUCAAAGAGAAGGAGAUGGGGCUGUUGUUAGAAGAGGCAUUGGAAGGAGCGAGUUGAAGAACUUGGACCCCUUUUUAAUGUUGGAUCACUUCUCAGUGUCUCCACCUGGAGGCUUCCCUGAUCAUCCACACAGAGGUUUUGAGACCGUCACCUACAUGCUAGAGGGAGCCAUAACUCACCAAGAUUUUGCUGGACACAAGGGUACAAUAGGGCCUGGUGAUGUUCAGUGGAUGACCGCGGGCAGGGGAAUUGUUCACUCAGAAAUGCCUGGAGAAGCAACCAACAAGGGAUUGCAGCUAUGGAUCAAUUUAUCAGCUAAGGACAAAAUGAUUGAACCAAAUUAUCAAGAACUUCUAAGUGAUAACAUACCAACUGCAGAGAAAGAUGGGGUAGAAGUGAGGGUUAUAGCAGGAGAAGCAAUGGGAGUCCAUUCACCUGUCUACACCAGAACUCCAACCAUGUACCUUGUUUUCACCAUGAUGCCAGGAUCUGAGUGGCAUCAGAGUAUUCCAGAGUCAUGGAAUUCAUUUGUCUAUGUGUUUGAAGGGGAAGGAGUUUUUGGGUCUCCAAGUUCAUCACCAACUAUGCCAUACCAUGUCCUUGUUUUGAGCCUAGGUGAUGGCCUUAGUGUGUGGAAUAACUCAUCAAAGCCUUUGAAAUUUGUGCUGAUUGGAGGACAACCAAUUAAUGAGCCAGUUGUUCAGUAUGGGCCUUUUGUGAUGAAUACACAGUCUGAAAUUGAGAAAACCAUUGAAGACUAUCAAUAUGGGAAGAAUGGGUUUGAGAUGAGGAAUAAUUGGAGAUCUCAAUAGUUGGUCAGAGUUAAGUGUAUGAUAUCUGAUAGUGAUGUGUAUGUGAAAAAUAAGAAGGUUGCUUUCAUUGUCAUAAUAAGCAGAUAUAAGCUUAGCUAUCAAAGUAGUAGGAGCUGAAAAGAAAUCUUGCUUUUUCUAUCAUUUCAUUUCUUCCAUGUAUCAAAAACUUCUAGAAGAUCCAAAUUGCUGCUGGGGCAACUACUUUAGGUUGUCUUGAAGUCAUCAUGGGUCAGCUUAUCUUAAACCUUUCUUUCUUUCUCUGAUUCA